AGAAUGGACACAGGAAACUGUUCCUCCUUGCCUGAAUUCCUUCUCUUGGGAAUUACCACUAACCCAGACAUGAAAUUGGUUCUAUUUACUGUGUUGCUAGUUGUUUACCUCAUUAUUCUCCUAACAAAUGUUGGCAUGAUCGUUUUGAUCAGAAUGGACCAGCAGCUUCACACACCCAUGUACUUCUUCCUCAGCCACCUCUCCUUCUCUGACCUCUGCUACUCCACUGCAGUUGGACCCAAGAUGCUGGAGGGCCUCCUGGCCCAAAACACAUCCAUUCCUUUUGUUGGCUGUGCCUUACAAUUCUUUUUUGUUUGUAUCUUUAUAGAUGUUGAGUGUGUGCUUCUGGCAGUGAUGGCCUUUGACCGUUACAAGGCCAUCAGCCACCCUUUGCUAUAUUCAGUAGACAUGUCCAGCAGGGUAUGCUACCAACUCCUGACUGGAGUUUACCUGGUAGGAAUGACAGAUGCUUGGAUACACACAACAUUAACAUUCCGUUUAUGUUUCUGUGGGUCACUUGAGAUUGACCAUUUCUUCUGUGAUAUCCCUCCCAUCCUAUUGCUGUCUUGCUCAGAUACCCAGGUCAAUGAGCUGGUCAUAUUCACCAUUUUUGGGUUUAUUGAACUGAGCACCAUCUCAGGAGUCCUUAUCUCCUAUUGUUACAUCAUCUUAUCAGUCUUGAAGAUCAACUCUGCUGUGGGGAGGUUCAAAGCUUUCUCAACCUGCACCUCCCACUUGACUGCAGUUGCAAUUUUUCAGGGCACUCUGCUCUUUACAUAUUUCCAACCAAGUUCUUCCUACUCUCUUGAUCAAGACAAAAUGACAUCUCUGUUUUACACUCUGGUGAUUCCCGUGUUGAACCCUCUGAUUUACAGCCUGAGGAAUAAGGAUGUGAAAGAGGCACUUCGAAGACUGGUAAACAAAAGGAAAUCACUGUAG